AUGCAUUCAUAUACUCUUCCACCACCUUAUAAUCCUGGAUGGUCAAAUGAUGGUGUUACUACUAUAAGACGCCUGUUGGCUCAUACUUCAGGAAUUAUAUCACUUGGAAUUAUGCCUUAUACUCCAGUAGAUGGUGCUCCACUUCCAACCACUAGUCAAUUGAUAUCAUCUCAAUCGUUCCCGAUAAUUUCGGUCAAUGCAAACAUUCCGACAACAAGUGCUGUAGUAAUUGCAAAGAAGCGAACGAUUGAAAAUCAAAACACCAAAAUGAAUCACCUUGCUGCAAAGACACAAGAAUACAAAAAUGUCAUCAAAUCAUUGAAAGCAAAAAUUUCUCGACGAGAUACUAAAAUUAAGAAAUUCGAAGAAUUAAUUGAGGAAAAAGAUCAAAAACAUUAUUUGAUAGAACUUCUCUCGGUUGCACUAGAGGAAGGAAAAUUACACGAAACCCAGUUCUUUUAUCAAUUAUUAGAAAAUACUUUGCAAAAUUUGGUUUCAAAGAAAAAUGUUAACGGUUUUCGAUACAAAGAGUGUAUUAUUUGUUGGUGUUUAUUACUUCGAUUUUAUGGUGGCUCUCGUUUGUGGAAUGUCUUGAAAGGAAAUUCCACUGGCGACAUUAUAACAUCCGAAAACGCAUUGGAUAAGCUUAAUUUAUUGCUUCCAUCUAUCUCAACAAUUAAGAGCUAUCUUUCCGACUUGUCUUUUGGAAAACUUGCUGACAAUGAUUUGAAAGAUGUUGUUAAAGCCAUGGCAAUGAAUAAUAUUAGUAACAAGAUUAUAAUUUCAUAUGAUGAAAUAGAAAUUAGAGGAGGGUUAUGUGUGAUGAAAAGCAUUGGAAAAGUGAUUGGAUUUACUAAUUGCAAUGAAAAAUCUUUUGAAGAUAUAUAUAAUUCAAAAAAAGAAAUUACACCAGACUAUAUUGCUCGUCAUAUGUGCCAAUUUUUCGCUACAACUAUUGACGGUGAGAUGUCCUUUCCUAUUUGCUUUGGUGGUCAUAAAUCAAACCAUUAUGAAUUUAUUACAGAGAAAAUGACAGAAAUUAGAGAUCAAUUUAAACGAACUUCAUAUGGAAAUUAUGCUCUAGAAGUGGUUGGAGGUUGUAGUGAUGGCUUAGCUGGCAAUUAUCAAUUUGUAAUCUCUCAAACUAAUGAAAAUUAUGUUCAUCUUUUUGAUUGGUCUCAUUUGCUCAAACGGUUGAGAAAUCGUUUAUUGAAAGGGGAUGAUUUGAUUAUCGAUAAUGAGAGUUUUUCAAUGAAUACAUUAUUGAAAAUUAGAAAUGAACCCCAAUUGCAAGAUUGGGUAACGGAAAGCAUUAUUUAUCCUGUCGAUAUAUGA